AUGUCUAACCGAUGGUGGACCGGCCAAGUCAACGUGGCCGGCGUAGAAACAUCAUCUCAGGCCAUCAAGAAGCCAGAUCUGGGUAUCUCAAUGAACGAUGCCACCACAGGAAGUGAAGAAGAUGAAAGAGAGAACAACAGCGAUGAUCCAAGAGAAGGUGCAAUCGACCCUUCUAACCGUAGGCCACGAGGCCGACCUCCGGGGUCCAAAAACAAACCAAAGCCACCGAUUUUCGUCACCAGAGAUAGCCCCAACGCCCUCCGCAGCCACGUCAUGGAGGUAGCGAGUGGUACAGAUAUCGCAGAAAGUAUAGCUCAAUUUAGCCGAAAACGGCAACGCGGUGUGUGUGUGAUGAGUGCUAGCGGCACAGUCAUGAACGUAACCCUAAGACAACCUUCGGCACCUGGCUCAGUCAUGGCUCUACAAGGCCGGUUCGAGAUUUUAUCCCUAACCGGCGCCUUCUUACCGGGUCCUGCACCACCUGGAUCCACCGGGCUCACUAUAUAUUUAUCUGGAGGCCAGGGCCAGGUUGUGGGUGGUAGCGUGGUGGGAUCAUUGGUAGCAUCAGGACCAGUGAUGGUCAUAGCCGCCACGUUCUCCAACGCUACCUAUGAAAGACUCCCGGUUGAGGAAGAGGAGGAAGCGGAUAGCGUGACACCUGGUCUAGGUGGCGGUGGAUCACCACGGCAACUCGGAAUGGGUGAUCAGAAUCCCAUGGCAGGGUAUAAUAUGCAGCCGAAUUUGAUCCCGAAUGGUGGUGGACAGAUGAACCAUGAAGCUUUUGCUUGGUCUCACGGCCGGCCACCAUACUAG